AUGUCUUCAUGGUUUGAUAAAUUACCUCGUACUCAAUAUUCUUCUCUUCAACGAAUUACUACUAGUCAAUCAUGGUUUCAAGUAUAUGCUCUUCGUCCAAGUGUCUUUGUUAUUUAUGAACCAUAUCAUUGUGAAGAAGUCAUUUCUUAUCUUAUUGUUGGUUCAGAAAAAUCUCUUCUUAUUGAUACUGGAAUGGGUAUUGGAAAUAUUGAAAUAGUUAUCAAUGAACUUUCAUCUCUACCAUUAAUAGUUAUCAAUACACAUACACAUCAUGAUCAUAUAGGUGAUAAUUGGCGUUUUGAACAAUCUUUAAUCGGUCUUCAAUGUGAAUUUUCAAAAAAGAAUGAUGCUGAUCUUAUUAACGAAGCACAGAAUGAAAUGGAAAAUGAUAUGUUUCGUGAAGAAUAUUUUCCAAAAGAUUUUGAUCAAAAAUCUUAUCGAAUUAAACAAUUUCAAAUAACAAAAUAUAUAUCUGAUGGUGAUACAAUUGAUCUUGGCAAUGAAAGAAAAAUUAUUGUAAUAUUUACACCUGGUCAUACACCUGAUUCAAUCUCGUUAUUAGAUAUACAAGAACGACUUUUAUUUGUUGGUGAUCAAUUCUAUUUAGGACCUAUUUUUCUUUAUCGUCCAGAAACAAAUCUAAAAGAUUAUAUUGAAUCAUUAGAAAAAUUAGUAUGUGUCAUGAAAAAUCAUAAAAUCGAUUUAAUAGUACCAUCACAUAAUACUCCGAAUGUUGAUCCACAUUUCGUCGUAAUGGCAUUAGAUGCAAUAAGAAAAGUGGUUGCUGGCAACGUCAUUGCUAAAAAAACUGAUGAUGAUUUAUAUAAUAAAUAUGAUUUUGAUGAUUUUUCAUUUGUAAUUGAUUCGAAAUUUUUGAACAAAUAA